AUGAGCGGAAUCCUGGUGGGUCAGCUAAUAUGUGGAGGGUUCCAGGGAACUACGGUGACACCUCAAGCCUAUGAUUUGAUUGUCAAGUAUAAAAUUUCGUCCAUGAUACUAUCGAGAAAGAAUGCAGUAUCUGUAAAGCAGUUAUCGAAUUUGAUCAGAGAUUUGCAGUAUAUCGCUUUCAAGGAGGGUAAUCUCAAGCACCCUAUUAUGUUCGCUAUCGAUGAGGAAGGAGGAAUGAUGAACUCUUUGUUUGAUCCCGAAAACUUAACGCAGAUGCCUGGAGCUAUGGCACUAUCAGCUACUGGUGACACCGAUUUGGUCUACGAAAUUCUGAAGGCUUUGGCAUUCGAAUUAAAAGCUAUAGGAUUUCUGAUAAUAUUAGGGCCAGUUUUAGAUGUUGUUACAAAGUUGUCUCAUCAGUUGGUAGGAGUAAGAAGUUUCGGUACGACUCUCGAAGACGUUGUGAAGUAUGGCAAAGCAUGUGCUAGAGGCUUAAAGGAUGGUGGACUAUUUACUAUGGGAAAGCAUUUCCCAGGUAUAGGUAAUGCCAAUGUGGACUCUUUACUAGAAUUACCAAUGAUUGCGGAUUCGCUUGAUCAAAUCAAACAUUUCAAUAGCAUACCUUUUGUUGAACUAAUGCAUGAGGGCCUUCUCGAUGGAGUAAGUGCUGCAGGGUGUGGUGUACCUACAAUAAGUCCAGAUGAAACACAUGCUUGCUUGUCGCCGGUUUUAAUAAAUCAGUUUUUAAGAAAUGACUUGAAGUUCAAUGGUGUUGUCAUUAGUGAAUGCUUAGAAAUGGAUGCUUUAUAUCAUUCUAUUGGUCUAGGUCAAGGUGUGAUAUUAGCUAUUCAGGCAGGCUGUGAUCUAGUGAUGGUUUGUCAUGAUUUCUUGCUUCAAAAAGAAGCAAUAGAGUCUCUUCAGAUGGCUCUUAUAAAUGGAAAUAUAGACGAAGAAGUAAUAAUGAAAAGUUUUGAAAGAUUAAAAGUCUUUCAAUCUCAACUUCAAAAAUGGGAAGAAAUGUUUCCCAAUGGUGAGAAGAAGGAAACACUUCUUUUCAAGGAUAGAAAUUUCGAAGCUUGGCAAAGACAUCAACGUUUAUCAGCGAUGGCUUACCAAAAGUCCAUUACAUUGAUAAGAGACUACGGUAAAACAUUACCAAUAACAAAGAAUCUUUCAGAUCUGUCAAAUGUCUUGUUACUCACUCCAUUGUUGAACCCUAUUUACCCUACAUCCAAUUCUGGUAAGAGACUCUUUCCUGGUGAACAGGUUUUUCAAAAAUUUGGAAAGUUUUUAUCGGAGCAUCCUAAGAACAAAUCUACAUUCAAUGUAUUGCAUACCACUUAUACCGCCAAUGGAUUGACGGCAUUACACGAAUCUUUGAUCGAGAGCUCGAAGGUCGUAAUAGUUCUUACGUCUGAAGCAUCCAGAAACAUGUAUCAAAUUGGCAUUGUUAAAUAUGUUUCCGUAUUAUGUGGGGCGAAACCAAAUGCUUCCAAUUCUAACCUAUCAAAAAGAUUAAUCAUAGCUGCUACGCUGUCACCCUAUGACUUUUUUUAUAACAAGAGUAUAGGCAGUGCUUACUUGUGUUGCUAUGACUAUACUGAUAACUCCUUAAGACAACUAGUAGGUGCUUUAAUGGGAGAUUUUGAACCCAGUGGCUGUAUUCCUGGGGAGAAAAGGUUUUUGAGCAAGUUUAAGAAAAGGAAGAGAAGCUGGCUAGUGGAUGAGUUGCAGAUCAAUCGAGAUUGGCCGAGCUUAGUUAAUUUGAUAAAGGAAAAUAUAAACAUCAAGAAUGAACAGAGCUACAAGAAGUUAUUAGAGUUAUUAACUUUGAAUCCUAAACAGAAGCAUUUCAUAGUCAGAAAUUCUUCUUUGAAUAUUUUGUAUGGUGUUGUAUUAACCUGGGUGAAUGAAGAAGUAAAUUUCAAUACAGACUUGACAUCAGAUCCAAAAACAUUUGGGUCUUUGAUGUUCAUUUUGGUUGAUAAAUCAAAAAGGUUGCAAUACAUUGGAAGAAGCUUAUAUGAAAGGGCGACUAAAUAUCUUGUGCAUGAAAAGAAAUGCUACACUAUAACUUUAGGAGGCUUGUUCCCGUUGUUUCCCUCUAACGAUUCAAUAUCAUACGUCGGUGCUAUGGGAUGGGGAAAGAAAAUCGAGAGAAAGCACAUAAUGCUCUUGAGUGAUUUGGAAAGCUGGGUGGUUCCUAAUAAGAUAUUUAGAGAAUUGAUGAUAGUCGGCGUUCGGUUUGAUAUUGGUACUGACUCAAGUAAAUUAAUGAACUUAGUGAACACAUGCGAAGACGAACAAGUCAAAAGGAUGUAUGUGGAAGCAAUAAAAUCAAUCAAUAGACAUAGUACUAUUUAUGAAGUGAAAAUCAUAAUCGCACUCGAGCCAACUAAUCAAAACGUCAUUGGAUCGAUCAUAAUGUUCACAAACAAGUCACAAUUUGCACAAUUCUAUCCUUUCAUAGAAGAAAUCGAGUCAAAGAACGCUAUUGGUGGAAUAGUAAGCCCAUUGGUUGAUCCAUCCUACUCAAAUUUAGUAGAGAUAUUUAAUUUUGGUUUGAUUUGCAGUGCUAUAACCUUUUUGAAGUCUCAUUUUACUGAGAGACCGGUCAAAAAGUGUCUUAUACUUGGAGUUGAGGAAAGAUCAUUGGAUGGCAUCAAGCUGAUGGGUUUUGAAGAAUGGAAGACAUGUUUUGAAAUAACUCGUCCUGCGAGUGAUCUACCAACUCCUGGCGAGAAUGCAUCAUAA